GAAGGAAGGAGGGAGGGAAGGAUGGAAGGAAGGGAAAAAAGACGAAAGAAAGGAAGGAAAGAAAAAAGAAAGAGAGAGAAGGGAAGGAGAGAAGGAAGGAGAGAAAGAAAGGGAAAAAAGAGAGAGAGACCAACGGGGAACUCAUCAUAGAUUCCUAAGUCAAUAGGUGGAAGACCAAGGACUCAGCCUUGUGGCAUCAGAUCCUAUGUACACACCAAUUGUACACCUGGGACUGGACCCACCAGAAGCAGCAUCCCUGCCAGGGGAGCAUUCCUGAGUGCUGGGGGGGGGGGAAGCUGGUUUAGAAACCACAUGCCACCUCAUCUACAGGCGGGUCACUCAGCGUCACACACACCAGAAUGACACAGAAGGGUUAGCAACUGGACUCUGAGUUAGACUCCUGGCUGCUUUUUUGUUUGGGGUUCUGAUUUGUUGAUGUGAUCUCCUUGAGGUAGCGUCUUGCUCUGUCAUCCUGAUCAGCUUGGACUCACUUAUGUAGAAAUUAUAAGGCAGGUCUUACGCUUUGGAGAUCCCCUGCCGUAGCCGCCCAAGUGCUGAGAUCACAGGUAGGGCACCACAGCCAACUACAAUUCUGAGUUUGAAUCCUGUCCCAUUGACUAUCUUGGAGGCUUCUGGAAAUACAGUUUAACCCUUUCCAAACCUCAGCUUCCUCGUUGUGAAGGGGGACUGGUGAUCCCCUCACAGGACUGGGGCAGGGACAGAAAGAGGCUGUGGGAGGUAUGGAGAAAACUUAGUUACCAUUGCCUCUUCCCCAUCUGCCAUUUCCCACAGGCGCUUGCUCCCUUUUUCUUCCCAGCCCCCCUACUGUAGGAUGAGGCCCCUCGUGUUGUCUCACAGUUUGGCCAGCAGUAAGAGGUCACAGACCUAGCCUGCCACUCUUUUUUUUUCUUUUUCUUUUUUUUUGGUUUUUCGAGACAGGGUUUCUCUGUGGUUUUGGAGCCUGUCCUGGAACUAGCUCUUGUAGACCAGGCUGGUCUCAAACUCACAGAGAUCCGCCUGUCUCUGCCUCCCGAGUGCUGGGAUUAAAGGCGUGUGCCACCACCGCCCCACUCUUACUAGAGCAGAGGAAACCAAGGUCAAAGAGUGCAGACAAAGUGUCCCAAGUCACACACUAUAUCAGACAGGCAGAAGAAUGGAGAGAAAAGAGUUCAGGUGAGCAGGCAGGGAGGCCACGCUUGGCUCUGCUAGUCUCCAACCGGGUGACCCUAGACAAGUCACUUCCCUCCGUGAGUGGCUCUUUUCACAUUCUAAACCCAGAAUUCUAGCCGUUGUCUCACAAGGUGGCUCUGAGGACGGACUGAAAACAGGUGGGCAGUUACUCAGUCCCCUGCCCCUGUUCCUUCCCCAGGAACCAAUGCAAUGGAGCCAGCAGGAGAUCAGCAAGGCUACUUCAGGGUGGACUGGGGCUUAGCUCAGCAGAAAAGCACUUCCCAGACUGCCCUGGGCGCCCUUCGCAAUGCAACCGGAACAAAAUGACAAGGCACAAACAACAGCCAGGUGAGGUGGUGGGAGCCUGUAAACCCAGUGCCGAGGGACGACUGAGAGGGCUAGCCUGAGCUACAGAGAAUUGAAGAACAGCCUGGGCCAUGCAGUGAAACCCUGUCUCAAAAACCCCAGCUAAAUAAAAAUUUUAGACUGCUCUGUGGCGCCUCCCUCCGUCCUCACUUCUCAGCAGUCAGACUAUUUUCAGCUGAUGAGGCACUAGGAGGUUCAAACACCAUCGCGUCUGGUCCUGGACUGGUGAUUUGGAGAGAGUGCUAACAGGGCACAGCUCUCCCUCGAGGGCAGGAUGGCCCAGGAUCUCAGUGAGAAAGAGCUGCUGAGGAUGGAGGUGGAGCAGCUGAAGAAGGAAGUGAAGAACCCUCGCGAUCUGAUUUCCAAGACAGGAAAGGAAAUCAAGGAUUAUGUUCAGGCCCAAGCAGGGGCUGACCCUCUUCUCCAAGGCGUCCCAGAAGACAAGAAUCCCUUCAAGGAGAGAGGCACUUGUGUGCUAAGCUGAUGGCCCAGAACAUCCGCCCCUUUCUUCCUGUCCCUCGUCAGCCAGGCCCUAGUGUGCUGGGACACCCAGGCGACCAACGUUUACCUCCUCUUAGACAUAAAAUGAAUAAAGAUGCUGA